ACAAAUUCUUCUCAUUCCAUCACAGCUAACCCCCAAUAGGACAUCCCAAGACGAGAGAGAGAGAAAGCCAUGGCAGAAGAAUUCCAGACAGGGAUCUGUAGUAGUGGUAGCUGGUGGAGCACCGCAAGGACCGGCAGCUUCGAUGGCCCGAUGUUAUCGACAUCAGUCUCAUGCUCGACGGAGUUCACUGGCAUCGGUGGGAGCUUCAACUGGCCGGUGGCUGCUGACGCGGUAGAGGCCGAGUCGAGGUCCUCCGAUGAGUCGCCAGGUUCAGUCUCAAUUAACAGCUCUAUAACCUUCCAAGACACACACAAACCCCAAGCCUCUGAUCCACUGGUCGCUGACCCACUAAUGGAUUCCACGUUACAAAUACCAGGUUUUGGCCUCUCCUCCCCAUCAAUCAAUUGGCAUCAACCUUUCUUCACAACUGCUGGAAGAGCUGAGACCAAUUUACAUGCCUUGCUCCAAGAGGACAUGAACUCAAGACCAAAUCAUCCACAAGAACCGGUGAUCGAAUCCAAUCAAACUCAUAUGAAUGUCGAAAGUUCCUCGUUCAACCUUUUAAAGGACUUGAAUCAAGGGCUGAUACAAGACCAACAUCACUUCAGCUCCGGCGUUAAUGGCUACCCAUUCUUUCCGACAUCGUUUGGAUUACCUCCAACGCUGCUACAAGGCCUCUUCGAGCCAGAAUUGAAACCUCAGCAGUCUUUUAGCAAUCAGCAGAUGAAUUCUUCGUUGAGUUAUCAGGGUGGUUUGAACGAGUCGUUGCAAUCCCAGGCGGCUAAAUUGCCACAAUUCAAUAUGGCCUUGCCUCUGAAGCAACAAUUCCAUUUCACCAACAGUACCCCUUUCUGGAAUCCCUCAGCCACUGCUACAAAUGAAACAACCUCGAGCCUUUACUCUUCGACACCAACUCAGAUAGCCCCACAUGCCUUCAAGGGAAAAACAAAUUGCAAUAAUCUUCCGGUGAAGUCUAAUUCAGAGGGAGCUGGGGUUUCUAGCUCGAACGCAAUCAAGAAAAGUAGCACUGAACAAGCAUUCAAGAAGCCCAGGAUAGAGACACCAUCGCCAUUGCCAACUUUUAAGGUCAGAAAAGAGAAGCUAGGGGACAGGGUCACUGCAUUACAACAACUGGUUUCACCUUUUGGAAAGACCGAUACCGCAUCAGUUCUCCACGAGGCCAUUGAGUACAUCAAGUUUCUUCAUGAACAAGUUGGUGUUCUCAGUGCUCCAUAUUGGAAGAAUGGCCAUCAAAGCCAACACUCGCAGAAUUUGGAUAAAACAAAGGAUGGAGAAGGACCAAAGCUCGACCUCAAAAGCCGAGGGCUUUGCCUUGUUCCGAUGUCCAGCACUUUUGCUGUGGCUAGCGAGACUCCAGUUGAUUUCUGGACUCCGACCUUCGGAGGAACUUAUCGGUAAGGUGCAAAGUCUAAGGUGUUAAAAGAGGACACGUAGUAUUUGGGACAAAAACUAAGCAACGCUGCUCAUGGAAGACAACCUAAGUAUUGCUGACUAAUAGUUCUACUGACAUGGUCUUCUGGAGGUCCAGAUUAGCUGGCUGCGAUUCUUUGAAGGAUUAAACCUUAAUUGUGACUCAACAGAUAUCAGUUUUUAUGUAUCACCUAGCUUAGUAGGACUGAAAAAAAUCUAUUAUUAUCUUUUUUGCAUUCA